CUUAAAUGCGUAGAAAAUGGCAUCAACUAGGCGGCACUUGUUCACACCUCUCGAAAUCCUGAUGACGGCGUUAGAUUGGAUAUGAAACAAAACCAGAUAUAGAUCAAAUGUGUUGAUGUGUCUUCCAGAUUUAAACAGGUGUGAUAGAUAACAGAUCACCAUUCCAAUUCUUUCUCACAUUAAUUCCUGGUCCCUUAAAGGUACGAUUGCGGCAUUGCGAAAGCACACAAAUGAAUUAGUUGCGGUACUCUACGGCCGGUGAAUACAAAAUUUUGUGGCGGUACUCUACGGCCGGUGAAUACAAAAAUUUGUGACAGGACUCUACGGCCGGUGAAUACAAAAUUUUGUGGCAGUUUUCUACGGUCGGUGAAUACAAAAUUUGGUCGCGGUACUGUACUGCCAGUGAUUGCAGAAUUUUGUGGCGGUACGGUAUAGAAUCAUGAUACAUUGAAGCAUACUAUAAUUUCCUGACAGUUCUUCUCGGGUUUCAGUAUUCUGUGGAAGUACGAAACUUAUCUACAAUUAUCAGAAUGGCGUCGGACACUGAAAUAACAAAGGAAAAGAUUAUUGUUGAUCCUCUGUCCUUGAUAGGAGGAGGCGGGGCAGAGUACAACAAAGGAAGGCGGAGAAGCACCAUCCAUUCGUACACUCUAACAAACUACCAUACCCUUCCUCACGACCCCGCCACCAUGAAGGCAGUCAGAGACAUGAGUGAGACCAAGGCUCUCAAAAACGUCAUUGUCCUCGGUUUCGCCUUCAUGUUCAUAUUCACCGCAUUUAUCUCACUACAGGGACUACAGAGCACCAUGAACUGGGAAGGGGGAGUAGGAGUUGUCUCCCUUAGUAGCAUGUAUCUCACCACCAUUCUAUCGUGUAUUGUCGCGCCAUUUAUCAUUAAAAAGCUAACGACAAAAUGGACAAUGGUCAUGUCCUUCAUAUUCUUCACAGGAUAUUUUGCUGGAAAUUUCCAUCCCGAACAUUACAUGUUGCUCCCUUUAGGAGUUGUGCUCGGAUUUUUAGCCGGUCCAAUGUGGAGUGCACAAGCAACUUCAAUAACCACUAUUGCUCUUGCGUACGCUGAACAUUCCCAUAUUCAGGACCAAGAUAUAGUGAUAAACAAAUUUAUGGGAAUAUUUUGUGGACUGUACAGGACUAGCAAUAUCUGGGGAAAUCUUAUAACUACGCUAGUCCUGUCACAGAACAAGACUUUCUCCAAUACAUUUCAGUAUUACAACACGUCAACAAACUUCACUUGCGGUUCCACCUAUUGCCUGAUUGAGGAAGGAAUGGAGGACCAGGCCCGUUACUCUGCUGACACAAUUACGAUAAUCCCAGAGAGUACCCGGAUAAUGUUGUUGAGUAUAUAUCUAGGGUGUGGUGUAAUGGGUGUGGCCAUUCUCAUCUCGUUGAUGGACCAAUGUGACCAGAACAAGGACAAUAGCGAGAAUUUGUCAUCCAAAGAAUUAUGUUUGGCUACCUUGGACAUGUUGAGGGACUCCAGGUGUCAGCUGCUCGCCCUCAUGGUUGUCUUCGUUGGUCUAGAACAGGGCUUCAUGUUUGGCGACUUCACCAAGGCUUACAUCUCCUGUACGCUAGGUGUCACUAGCAUCGGGCCGGUGAUGAUAUGUUUCGGGGCCGUCAGCGCUGUAAGCUGUGUAAUGAUUGGUUACUUUGCCAGCAAGCACAUCAAGCGAUUCGCCUUCAUCACUGCCGGGGCCACCUUUAAUGUGGGGCUGCUGAUAGUAUUGUGGCUAUGGAAACCUAGCCCGAACGACAUUCCCAACUUCUUCGUGGUGGCUGGAUGUUUGGGUCUCUGUGACGCCAUUUGGCAGACCCAGACGUAUACAUUAUACGGUGUACUAUUCCUCGACAGACAAGAGGCUGCCUUUUCUUCGUACCGGAUGUUCUAUGCUACCGGAUGUGCCCUAGCCUUCGGUUACAGUCAUUUCCUUUGUGUUCAGACCAAAGUCUACGUCCUUGGUGGGGUUCUCGUGCUGGCUUUGAUAAUGUACUGUGUUAUCGAAAUGAAAGUUCAGUUACAGAGCCAGCAUAUCAAAGACAUCGUUGCCUUGUAAACAAGCAGCAUACGCAUCACGUUACAAGAAUGAAUUGUACCACAUAAUCAGAAAAACACGCGCAAGAUGACGGGAUUAUCUGUCUUUGACAGCUUAAUCUUGUUGUCAAGAGCGGGCAGGGUCAUCACGUUUGUAAAGAGGUUGCCCGAAUCGCUGGUAUGGUGAAGGCCUCUUACUUUAUAAUGGUAACAUGUAACCGUAGUACCACUUGAGUGGACUGGCAUUAUGAACACAGAUAGUUCUUAAGACCAGGAAGUCAUUCCGAGAUAUGACUUAGAUAGACAGACUACGUGUCUGUAGGUUUUGUGGACUUCGUUAUUCGUGCUUGUGAUAUGGCAUGUGUUGUGCAGAAUCAAAUCAUUGUGACAUUUCGAGACAUCUCAGGACGAUUCGCUCUAUUUUCCGAUAAGUAACAAACUCUCCCGUUAGGAAGAGAGCAAGUGGUAGCCUCGAUUCUAUUCGAGAAAAUCACUUUUGGAUACAUUGUAACUUUUUCGGAUGAUGUUUGGCUUUGUUUAAACAGACUCAUUUUGAAGUGUUUUGGGUUCAGAUAGGUGAGAAACAAUCUAAAUGUUAUGACCACCUCACGUACAGCAAUGUCGUGCUCACGGAGUUAUUACAUUAUCGCAUUGUUUCAGUGACCUCUACUGUGUUGUAAUUAGCCAUGUAUCAUUUCUUUGUCGGAUUUCUGUCUGUCUUUAGGAUGUGCGUGUCCGUCCACCAAUCAUUUUUUAAGUUUCGAUAAGGUAUUUUCUCAAACCCAGUGUGUUCAAUACACUUCUCGUCAGUGUUCGUAACCCCCUAGAAGUUUGUGGGUGUCAUGUCCUGAUAUAUAGUCUAUACACUUAAAUACACAGAUUUGUUCUGACAAGAUACCAAAAUACAGGAUAAGUAAUGAGUUCGUAUCCAACGCCUAUGAUAAUCAGUAGCUAUACCUACUGUACAGACCCCGUCAUGAGUUUGUGACAGACAUUUGCAGUGUUCGCAGUCGAUGAAUAAUUGUAGAACUAUUUGGUUGAAUAUUUGUGUGGGGAUUCGUAACUUUUAACAUUAGAGAUGUGUAACCCAGAAACUACGUUUGUCUGUUUGAGACUGGCUUACUGGGUUCUCCAGAUAUAUCAUACCAACAGAAAAUGUUAUGUAAUAUACAUGUUAUUCAAUCA